AGAUUACUAUCUCAUCAUGAUGAUUUUUUUACGUAAUGUUGUUACAUGUCUAUUUGUUAGAUGCGUACACUUCGGGACAGCUGGUUUACGAAUGGCAGGAAGGUUCAUCGGUGACCUUCGUGCCUGGAAUGGCACUGUCGCAAUUCGAUUUAAUGGGUUCUCCGUACAGAAAUCUCACAUUUGUUCGACGUGAGGGCGAGUUCUCGGUACUGCAAGUGUCUUUCAACCUGCAACGCCACACUGGUUACUUUCUCAUACAAGUUUAUGUGCCAUGUGUUUUGAUAGUCGUGCUGAGUUGGGUAUCCUUUUGGAUUCAUCGCGAGGCGACAAGCGAUCGCGUGGGUUUAGGUAUCACUACCGUCUUGACGCUAUCGACGAUAAGCCUCGAUUCCAGAACGGAUUUGCCGAAAGUUAGAUACGCCACUGCUCUCGAUUGGUUUCUACUGAUGAGUUUCGGUUACUGCAUCGCUACCCUCUUGGAGUUUGCCGGUGUUCAUUAUUUCACGAAGGUUGGUAGCGGCGAGAUCCCAUUGGACGACGAAGAAUGGGAAGAAUGGAAAAGCAUUACAAGCGAGGAGUUUGAGGAUAAAUUUCGUACGUUGAUUUCUUGCAGUCCUCAGGCCGUUCAUCCGGAGAUUAUCGACACGAGUACUAGAAAACGUGGUUCUCUCAUGUCCGCAUUAUAUAAUGACGACGUCACAUACGAACGAGAUUCCUGUCACUCCAUUACAGUCGCCAUUUCUUCGAAACCAUCGACGAUGGAGAGACAUACGCAAACUGAACUUGUGUUACCUAUAUGGCGUCAAUUUCUCUAUUGUUUAGCGGGAGAUGAUGCUUUUAGGCGUCGCCGGCAACGCGAAGCGGCCAGCAACUAUCGAAAAUGCGGCGAUCGUAUGUCGAGAAGGCACAUAAACAGCGUGUCUUACAUCGACAGGAUAGCACGUAUAGUUUUCCCCGCAUCUUUCGGUCUACUCAACGUCUGCUACUGGGUAGUCUACGUUACCUAUCAAGAGGAAUUUAAGUGGCAGGAUCCACCGAUCGGUUCGAUAACGCCGAUCUUCCAUUAACGAAAUAUCAAAUAAUGACAAUAAAGCAAACAUGUAGCAUUAUAUACAGCAAG